AUGAAGUUCAUCACUGCUUUAAUAACCUUCGUAUCCCUUUUUUCUACUAUAUCACAAUUAGUCUCUGCUCAUUCUUCUAUGUUAUAUCCUCCAGUUCGUGGUCAUCCUAAAAAUCCAAAUGCUGCUGUAAAAGAUUUUAGCUGUAUAAUUGCUCCAUUAAACGGUGGUGCUGGUUGUAAUCCUAAACCUUUUCCAUGUGGUGGUUACCCUGUUGACUCAAAAAUUGUAACCACUUUUCAAGCUGGUCAAGUAAUUGAUGUUCAAUUCUUUAAUCCUAAUUUUCCUGAUAUAAAAACCGCCAAUCCAAAUAAUGAUCAAGCUCGUCAUAAUGGUGGUUUAUGUGAAUUCGCUUUAAGUUAUGACGGUGGUGUAACUUAUACUGUCAUUGCUACUUAUCAUAAAACUUGUCCUGAUAUAUUCUUUAAUAAUUGGAAGGUUAAAAUUCCUGAGAAUGCUCCUUCAUGUGAUAACCCUGGAAAAUGUAUAUUCUCAUGGAGUUGGAUUAAUGCAGUUGGUGAUCGAGAAUUUUAUCAAAAUUGUGCUGAUAUUAAAUUAGUUGGUAAUUCUACUGAUCCAUUACCAAUUAUUGAUAUCACAAGAGCCAAUUUACCCCCACUUUUUACUAAUAUUAUUACUCCGGAAGGUGACCCUCUAAAUACUGGAAAUGCUAAAGGUUCUGGACCAUUAGCUGAAGAUGUUAAAGCUAAUUUAGAAUUGACAAUUGGUCCUAAUUCUAAUUCGAAUUCAAAUAAUAGUUCUAAAUCAAAUAAUAGUUCUAAAUCAAAUAAUAGUUCUAAAUCGAAUAAUAGUUCUAAAUCGAAUAAUAGUUCUAAAUCGAAUAAUAGUUCUAAAUCGAAUAAUA